AUGUGUCAGAUCUGCCUUCAAGAGCUGCAGGUUGAGGGCAAUGAAGAUCCAAUGUGGUGGAAAAAACAUGUUGAAAGCGACAUGGAACACUACACUUGCCUCUCUGGUGAUUGCGAAAAGUCGCUAUGCUACUUCAAAAAUUUCGAUUCUUGGCUGGAGCAUAUGAACCAGGAGCACCUGGCUAGAGACACGGAUAUAUGCCCGCUAUGUGAAGAGUCCAUCAAUGACUCGGAACCGGUCAUCCAGCAAUCUAAGGUAGAAAAUGAUGGCUCUCACAAAAAAGUCCGUCAGCGGUCUGACGGCCAGCAAUCCAUAUUAGGGGCUCUACAGAAUGAUGAGAACGAUGAAAAGCGCUCUGCUACCAACACUAACAGCUCCAUAGGACCGAACGAAAUGGAUCUACGGAUGGCCGCUCACAUCGCUGACCACUUGAAGAGCGUAUCACUCUUAUGCCUUGACGGUCUAGAACCUAGGCCUGAACGGCGAUGA